CCCCUUAGCUGACACAAACCAUUUCAAUCCCUGUGACAACUCUCUCUCACUUACUCUCCUCCUCAUCCCUCUUCUUCUGUACCCUUGUGCCUCUCUCUCAAGUGUUAGUGAAGGGAGAAAGGGUGCUGAGCAGAGAGUAAUUGUUUUCUUUUGCAUAUUUGGCAUUCUGUCUUUGUUGGGUCGAUUUUGUUUCAAUGGGUCUUACUUCUCUGCAAGUUUGCAUGGAUUCGUCUGACUGGCUUCAGGGAACGAUUCACGAGGAGUCUGGAAUGGAUUCUUCAUCCCCAUCUGGUGAUAUGCUCGCAUGUUCGAGGCCCUUGAUAGAAAGGAGGCUGAGGCCCCCGCAUGACCAAGCUCUCAAGUGCCCCAGGUGUGACUCCACACACACCAAGUUUUGCUACUACAACAAUUACAGUCUCUCCCAGCCCAGGUACUUUUGCAAGACUUGUAGGAGGUACUGGACCAAGGGAGGGACGCUAAGGAACAUUCCUGUUGGUGGAGGCUGUAGAAAGAACAAGAAAGUUGCUUCUAAGAAAUCAAAUGAUCAAUCAGCAAACAGCAACAACCCUGGAUCAUCUUCACAUAAUCCCACUGAUCUUCACCUUUCAUUUCCUGAAAUGCACCUUUCUCACCUUAAUAACAUGCUUGGUACUCAUGGUCCUAAUAAUAACUUCAUGGAGAGCAAGUACAAUUCUCUGCUUGAAAAUCCAAGGCCGAUUGAUUUCAUGGAGAGCAAGCUAGAAGCCAUUGUUGGGAGCUCUAGGAACUAUGACUUUAUGGGGAAUGGUGAGUUGGGUAUGGUUGGGGGACUUGGCGAUAUGGGCCAUGGGUUGGCACCAAAUCUUCAUGGCCUUUGCUCUCCAUACGGGAUGUCCCUUGAUGGCAACGGUGGCACUUUCCUGGACACCUGCCAGAGGAUAAUGCUUCCUUAUGAUGCAAAUGAAGAUCAACAUGCAGUCGAUGUGAAGCCAAACACCAAACUCUUGUCCCUUGACUGGCAAGACCAAGGAUGUUCUGAUGCUGGGAAAGACACUUACGGAUACUUGAACAACUUGGGAUCAUGGUCUGGAAUGAUGAAUAACUAUGGACCCUCUACGACAAAUCCAUUGGUCUGAAGCAAUCUGUAAUCAACUACUUAGAAAUCCUGCCGGCAGCACGUUGUUUAAAAUGACUGUGGAUCAUCAUCUGCAUUAAUUAGUCUAGAUUGUCGAGUUCCAAGUAAAUGCAUCUGGUUUUUUUGUUGUGGUGGCCUUUGAUUUUUAUUGACUUAACAAGAAGCAAACACUGUUUGUGAAUGAGAAACUCUGAAGGCAGUUUCCCAAAAAUAGCCACCUUAGUGUAUUAAUGUUUGCUUUACUUUAUUUUUUCCUUUCUUUCUGCUCAGGUGUCUUGGGUGAAAGAAAUUCUAAGCUCUAGGAUUUUGUUGUUAUACCGAGGAAGUUAUAGAGUGCUCUUUUCCAGUUCUUUUAAAUUUCUGUC